GUCAAAAAAAAUGUAAACAACAAAAAACUUCGCAUGAAAUUAUUUUAAAAGUUAUUAAUGUGUUUAAUAAUUAAACCUAGAGUGGAUUAGCCUUACAUUACUUAGCCGUAAAAAGCAUAAUUGAGACAUAAAUCAUUUGUAUUCACAUAAUAUUAUUUAGAAAAUGAAUACACUUCUUAAAAUUAAAAUGAUGCGAGGAAGCUCGUACAAAGAAAAGCUAACACGGAGAACCCUCUUAGAUUUAUCAGAUUGUAUCAACGUCCCUGAUGCUUACUUAUUAAAGAAUUGUGGUGUUAACAAAGUAGUGUUUCAUCAUAUUUUACGGAUAUUGGAACCAGUAGUACCUAAAACUCAGAGAUCAAAUGGCAUACCAUUUCCAUUGAAGGUGCUUGUCACGCUAUCAUUCCUAGCAAAUGGGUCACAUCAAAAAACAAUUGGCAAAGAUUUUAACUUAAGCAUAUCCCAAAAAUCUGUCAGCAGGGUAAUUAAAAUUGUGAUUGAAGGCCUGAAUGUGGUGUUAGAUAACUGGAUAGUAUUUCCUUCAAUGCCUGCACAAAGAGAACAAAUUAAAGAGGGAUUUUAUAGGAAGUAUCACUUUCCAGAAACAUAUGGAUGCUUAGAUGGGACUUAUGUAGAGAUAGUUUGUCCAAGAGAUGAUGAAGAAGCCUUCUAUGACAGAAAAGGGCAAUACUCCAUUCAUGCACAAGUAGUAUGUGAUGCAGAUUGCAGAAUAAUAGCUAUCUGCUGUAGGUUUGGAGGAGCUGCUAGCAAUUCUUACAUUUGGAAUAAAAUGAAUAUAAGACUAUUUAUAGAGAAUAUUUACAGACAAGGUGAAGCUGGUUGGCUGAUUGCUGACAACAAAUACCCUCAAAGAGCAUGGCUAAUGACACCAAUAUUAAAUGCACCACAAGGCACCCCUGAAUCUCAAUACAAUCAUUUCCAAGGUCGCACGAAGACAUGCAUAGACAGGUGUAUCAGCAAGCUGAAAGGCAGGUGGCAGUGUCUCCAUAGAAGACCAUUGCACUACACACCACAGAGAGCUGCUAAAAUGAUCAAUGCUUGUGCUGUACUCCAUAAUCUGUGCAUCAAAGCUGAUUUGCCAGAUCCUGAACCUUAUGUUGACCCAGAACCAAUGCCUGUUUUGAAUGAAAUGACUGAAAUGCCUGAUGAUAAUGUCAAUGACUUAUACAUUGGGAUGGAAAUUAGAAGACAACUAGCAGAGAGAAUCUAUUACAGUGUUUAAUGGAGUCUUUUA